CCAGAAUUUAUGCUAAUGAGGUGAGUUAGGUUGGGUCCCUAGGUACCCUCAGUGGAACCAGGUGAUAAAAGCCUUUGGAAAUUUUAGCUCAACACACCAACCUCUGGGAAUGGGAGUUGGGAGGGUGCUGGACAUUAAGCUCUAUAAAACUCUUUUUUUUUUUUUUACUGAACCACUUUAUAAAAGUCUUGAACAGUAAGAUUUCAUGAGCUUCCUGUUGCUAAACACAUCAAGGUGCUGGGGGGUGGCACCCAGUGAGAAAAUAAGACUCUGCAUACAUACACCCCCCCAUACCUCUUCUAUGCAUAUCUCUGAUCUGGCUGCUAUUGAGUUGUAUUCUUAAUAAUGAACUGUAAGACGUAAGUAAAUUCCUUCCUGGGUUCUGUGAACCAUUCUAGCCAAUCAUCCUGCCUGAAAAGGGGGCCAUGGGAACCCCUGAUGGACAGCUGUUCAGUCAUAACUACAAUGGACAACCUGGGACUCCCAAGUGGCAUCUGAAGUGAGGGAUAGCCUUGCAGCCCCGAGACUUUUACCUUGUGGGAUAUGACUCUCAUUCCAGAUAGACAGUGUCAGACUGAACUGAAUGGUAGAACACCCAGUUCAGGUCCACAGAGAAUUGGAGAAUUUCUUGGUGUAAAACACACAUAUAGUAUCAGAAGUUUUGUUUCAGUGCAGAAACAAAUUUUUGUUUAACCAUGACCUGUUUUUUAUUGCUUGCCUCCAAAUCCUCUCACCUCAGUAAUUGUUUCUUUCACUUUCCUAAAUUUCAUAAUAAGAAAGGGCCUGGACACCCAUAAUCCAUGACCCUUGAAAUUUAGAGGAUGGAACUCCCAUUUCCAGUAGAAGGUGGGAGAUAGGGGAAAUAUUCAGAAGUUAAGGUUCUAAAAAGAGUAAGCUGACCAAAUAAACUGUAAGAAGCUCUGACUUACCUGAUUGGUUGAGUCCCAUUGCCCCUCCCCUUGUCCUUCAUCUGCUAAAGCCCUUCCAGCCUGAGUUACUCCACAGGAAGCCAGGAACUGGCCACAAGAACAAGAUCUCAGCUGGUGGUGUGGACAACAGGAUGGAAACCAACUCCUCCAUCAUCUCUCUGAAUGCAUCUCAUGAGAAUCUCUUUAAGUCUCCUGUGUUCAUUGCUCUCCAAAUCACCUCAUUGGUGGUUCAUGGGAUCACCUUUGUCCUCGGCAUCCUGGGCAAUGGGUUUGUGAUCUGGGUAGCUGGAUUCCGGAUGGCACGCACAGUCACUACCUUGUGUUACCUGAACUUGGCCUUAGCCGACCUCUCUUUCAUUGCCACUCUACCAUUCCUCAUGGUCUCAAUGGCCAUGAAAGAACAUUGGCCUUUUGGUUGGUUCCUGUGCAAGUUAAUUUACAUCAUCGUGGACAUUAACCUGUUUGGGAGUGUCUUCCUCAUUGCCUUCAUUGCUCUGGACCGCUGUAUUUGUGUCCUGCAUCCAGUCUGGGCCCAGAACCACCGCACUGUAAGUCUGGCUACAAAACUAAUCAUUGGACCCUGGAUUCUUGCAGUAGUCCUUACCUUGCAAAUUGUCCUUUUUGUGACUACUAUAAGGGAUAUCUCAGGGAAUACGUACUGUACUUUCAACUUUGCACCCUGGGCUAACACCACUGAAGAUAGGAUUAAGGUGACCAUCACUGUGCUGACAGCCAGAGGGAUCAUCCGGUUUAUGAUUGGAUUCCUUAUGCCAAUGUCCAUCGUCGCUAUCUGCUAUGGGCUCAUUGCUGCCAAAAUCCGAAAGAAAGACAUGAUUAAUUCCAGCCGUCCCUUACGGGUCCUCGCUGCUGUUGUGGCCUCCUUCUUCAUUUGCUGGUUUCCCUUUCAACUGAAUGCCCUUCUGGGAACAGUUUGGUUCAGAGAGAUAAUGUUUGAGGGUAAAUACAAAGUCAUUAAUAUCUUGUUAUACCCAAUGAGCUCCUUGGCAUACUUCAACAGCUGCCUCAACCCAAUGCUCUAUGUCUUUGUGGGCCGAGACUUCCGAGAGAGACUAAUCCAAUCCCUACCAGCCAGUCUAGAGAGGGCCCUGACAGAGGACUCAGGCCCAAUAGAGGACUCAGCCCCGACCAGUGACACAACAACUAAAUCUGUUUCACCUCCUACAGAGGCUGAGUUACAGGCAAUGUGACUGGGGCUGGGGGACAUUUUCAAACUCUGCCUACCCUGCUCCCAGUUCCUGCCUCAUCCUACUUUGGUGCCCCAUGAAUGGCAAGAAAGAAAAUGGACGUAAGGAUAUAUUGGUGUCCUGUCUGGUUUUAGUACCUCAGGCUAUAUCCUGAGGUAAGUAGAGGUGGGAAAGAGUACAAGAGAAGUGAAUGAUGGGGAAUCUGGAAAGCUUAGCUGAGAGAGUAUAUUAUGGGGAAAACUUUGGUAUUUCACCAUUUAGUAAGAUAUUUGCUGUGGCUUUUUUGUAAACUUUCUUAAAAUCAGACUAUGGAAGUGUUUUUUACUCCCAUGUAACUAAACAGUUUCUUCCUUUUUAACUCACGAAUAGCUAUUGCAGUGUGUGAAAUGUAUUUCUGAAUAUAUUAAGGUGAUUAUAUUUAUCCUUUCAUUUAUAUCAUUAUAAAUCACAUUUAUUUUUUAAUGUUUGGCUACCCACUUUUUCCCAGAAUAAACCACAUUUGGGCAUGAUUUAUUAUACAUAUUUCUAAUUAAUAUCACUUGCUUUGUUUGCAAUUUCUCAUUUUAUGUUUAUGUAAAACUGAUCUGUUCUUCUACUUUCUUCUAAUGUCUGUGUCAAGUUUCAUAUCAAACAUAUAACAGCCUUCUAAAAAGUGCUGGGAAGUGAUUCCUCUGAUGCUAUUCUCUGGUGUUAUAUGUGUUAUAAAUGUUUACAGAAAUUCACCAGUGAAGCCCACUGGGUCUCGGGUCUUCUUUACAGGAAGGCUUUUAAUAUUAGGUUCUAUUUCUUUAGUAGUUAUUAAAAUCUUCAGACUUUAGAUUUCUGUCAAUUUUUAUAAACUCUGACUUUCAAGAAAUUGAGCAUUUCAUACAAACUAUCGAAUUCCUUGGCAUGAAAUCGUAUAAUCACUAUUUACAGUACUUGGUAUGAUUUCCUUUACAUAAUGAAAAUGUAAGCUAUCUGAGGGCAGGGAUUUGAUCUGUACUGUUCUCUAAUGGAUUCCAAUCCCCUAUGUGUAAAAUAGUGCCUGGUAUGUGACAGACACUCAAUGAACAGUUACUGAAUUAAUGAAUCAAUAAACAUAGUAUCAUACAGGUGCCAAGUGAGAACCUUUGAUGUCCAAUUAAAGUUAUCUCUGACCAUCAUGUCAUGAGUUGAGCCAUGUCCAGUGAACUCUCAGCCCCAUGCCCACAAUUUUUACAAAUCUUCAUGUGGUUUAUAUUUUCAUAAACACCUUAGAGUUUCACUUUCUAUUUCAAAUAAAGCACUCUGGCUGUUGCCUUACAACUUUGUUUUCAAAUAAAUCAACUCACAAUAUAACUCAGCCUUUUUCCUUGCUUUCUGCAAAUGAUCACUCAUAAAUUGUCCUUCAUUGUAUAACAUACUUUCCUAACUCAUUGGCAAAACACACACACACACACACACACACACACACACACACACAAGCCCACAAAAUACAUGUUAGGUAGUCUUGUUACCAAAAGUUCUUUGCCCAGAAGGCUAGACUUUGAGUGGUGGGCACACAAUGCAAUAUACAGAUGAUGUAUUACAGAAUUGUGCACCUAAAACUUAUGGGUUGUUAACCUAUGUUACCGUAAUAUAUUGAACUUUUCAAAAAUCCUUCAAUCAUCCAUUGUUUUAUUCAGUCAGCCUUUCCUUUUCCUUCAUGUCACCCCUAAGGUUUUUGCUUUUCCAAUACAGAGUUUACCCAUUUCACCUGCAUUCUUGACUCCUAGAAAUGCUUUUUUUUUUAAAUCAUCACCUGAGGAUAUGUUAAUUGAUUGUAGAGAGGGAGGAAGAGAGAGAGAAACAUUUAUGUGAGACAGAAACAUUGCACCCCGACCAGAGAUGAAACCCACAACCUAGGUAUGUGCCCUGACCAUGGAUCAACUUGCAACCUUUUGAUGUAUGGGACAAUGCUUCAACUGAGUUACCCGGUCAGGGCUAGAAAUGCAUUAUACUACCCAAGAAAUGUAUACCCUCCAAUGUCCUUCUAAGGUAUGGCCUCAGAAAAUAAGAAACAAGAAAUACAAUAGGGAUGGUUGGGGUGAACAGGACCUAAUAAAUGGUGAUGGGAGAUGGUUUGACUUUGGGUGCUGGGCACACAGUGCAAUAUACAGAUCUUGUAUCACAGAAAUAUACACUUGAAAUUUAUAUGAUUCUAUUAACCAACA